AUGAAAGGACGUCCAGGCCAUAUGGAAGGUAUCGAUGUGAAUACAGCUCUUGCUGAACAAAGAAGAGAAGCAAGAAAAGCAAAAGCAGAAGAGCGGCGAUGGCCACAGAUUUCACCAGUAAGCGCUGAAAAUGUACGAGACAUCUCAUUGUCUUCCGACUCAGAAGUGGAAGAAAUCCCCUCGGACGAAGUAUUUACCGAUGAUGAAAAAGCCAGCAAAGCGGAGACAAUGCGUCCAAAAGGUUUGACACAAGCUGAAAUUGAAGAGUUCCCUAAUUUUGACUGGGACGAGUCUGAGAAGGAGGAAAUGGAAAGAGAAGAGGAGGAAGAAGGUGAAAAUGUGGAAGAACUGAUCGAAAUAGCGUUACAAAACAUUGAAAAAAAUCAAGGGGUCGAAGUUGGUUUGAUCGAAGAAUUACUUGGUACAGAAGAAAACGCAGAACAAAACGAAAAUAUUGAAACUGUACAAGAGGUGGUAGAGAAAUUUGAUUUAGCGAAAUUUGAAGUGGAGCAGCACAGAGCUAUUACAUAG